AUGUCCAAUUACGCUGAAGGUUUUAUAGAUUUCGUCAACGCCUCGCCAACUCCGUAUCACGUGGUGGAUACUGUGAAGAAGCAGCUUCAACAGGCCGGCUUUGAGGAGUUGUCUGAGCGUAACAAUUGGGACGGACGCAUCGAGAGGGGAUCCAAAUACUAUGUGACCAGAAACGGCUCCUCAAUUAUUGCCUUCACGAUAGGUGGCUCGUACCGCCCGGGAAAUGGUGUUUCCAUUGUUGGGGGCCACACGGACUCGCCAGUUCUGCGCAUCAAGCCGAUUUCUGACCAAAGAAAAGAGGGCUACAUCCAAGUUGGUGUUGAGACGUACGGUGGUGGAAUUUGGCACACCUGGUUCGACAGAGACCUGAGUGUUGCAGGUCGCGUUUUUGUGAAUGAAAAUGGCAAGUACGUGUCGAAACUGGUCAAGAUUUAUAAGCCGAUCUUGAGAAUUCCCACUCUUGCUAUUCAUCUCACCAAAGAGAGAUACACCAAGUUCGAGUUCAACAAAGAGACACAAUUCAAGCCUAUUGCCGGGCAGUACCAGGAACAGUCCAAGGAUGCGGCCGGCUGUUGCGGAGGCGAGCAGCUCAGCGAAGACGAAUACCAAUCGCUAAAAAGCGUUGUCCAGAGACACAGCAAGGAGCUGCUGGAUCUGAUUGCGGCAGACCUGUCUGUGGACGUGGCGCAGAUCGAGGACUUUGAGUUGAUACUCUACGACACACAGCGGUCGACGAUAGGUGGCCUCAACGACGAGUUCAUCUUCAGCCCGCGUCUCGAUAACCAAGUCACGUGCUACUGUGCUACUCAGGGGCUCAUCAACUCUGUCCAGAGUCUGGGCAGCCAGGAAGGAAUUCAGAUGAUCUCGCUGUUCGACCACGAGGAGAUCGGCUCGUUGUCGGCUCAGGGCGCCGACUCGUCGUUUUUGCCCAACAUUCUGGAGAGACUGACCAGACUGACCAGACUGACUAACGACGGGAACGAAUACGGCCUGAACAACAUUUCGUCCUCAUAUUUCCUGGAGACGAUGGCAAAGUCGUUUAUUUUGUCGUCGGACAUGGCUCACGGCGUGCAUCCAAAUUACACAGAGAACUACGAGAGCCUCAACAAGCCUCAGCUCAACAAGGGCCCGGUGAUCAAGGUCAACGCGAACCAGCGGUAUGUGACGAACUCACCGGGAAUUGUGCUGUUGAAGAAGGUUGCCGAUCUUGCAAAGGUGCCAUUGCAGCUGUUUGUCGUGAGAAACGACUCUCCGUGCGGGUCGACCAUCGGCCCUAUGGUGAGCGCCAAGCUCGGAGUGCGGACGCUAGACCUGGGCAACCCGCAGCUGAGUAUGCAUUCGAUCCGUGAGACGUGCGGUUCGCACGACGUUGAGAAGCUCGUGUUGCUGUUUGAGAGCUUUUUUGAGCACUUUUAUGAUCUCGAGCAGAGAAUAGACGUGAAUUAA